AUGAAGCUUUUGGAGUUGUUCAUAACUUCAUCGAAACCAGUGGUGGAGAUUCUGUUGAUAACAAUAGUUGGAGUUUAUAUGGCUCUCGAUGGCGUCAAUCUUCUCGGACAUGAUGCUCGCAAAUAUCUAAACAACAUUGUGUUCUAUGUGUUUAGUCCUUCGCUUAUUGGAAGCCGUUUAGCUGAUAGUGUUACAUAUGAAAGCUUGGUGAAAAUGUGGUUUAUGCCGGUUAAUGUUCUGCUCACAUUCCUCAUUGGUUCGUUGUUAGGCUUGGUUGUUGUUGUCAUCACUAAGCCUCCUUCUCAUCUUCGUGGUCUCAUUAUUUCUUGCUGUGCUGCUGGGAAUUUGGGAAAUAUGCCUUUAAUCAUUAUCCCAGCAAUCUGCAAAGAAAAAGAUGGUCCAUUUGGAGAUCCAGAGAGUUGCAAUAAAUAUGGAAUGGGUUAUGUUGCACUUUCCAUGGCUAUGGGAUCAGUUUACAUAUGGACUUACAUAUACAAUCUGAUGCGGGUACUAUCAUCAAACCCUCCGAGUGAAACACAACCUUCUAUUGAAUCAAACUACGACGACAGCUACAAAGUCCCAUUGAUUUCCUCCAAAGAAGAAGAAGACAACCUUAAGGUUUCGAAGUGGGAAAAAGUCAAGCGAAGACUAGCUUCACUGUCGGAGAAAGUCAACUUAAAGACAAUAUUUGCUCCAUCAACUAUUGCUGCGAUUAUUGCGCUUGUGGUUGGGCUGAUUAGUCCAUUAAGGAAGCUAAUAAUCGGCAACGUAGCUCCUCUCCGUGUGCUUCAAGACUCAGUAACCCUAGUCGGAGAUGGAGCCAUUCCUGCUAUGACACUGAUUAUUGGAGGAAACCUACUCAAAGGUAUGAGAAGUUCAGGGAUGAAAAAAUCUACCAUCAUCGGAGUUGUGGUUGCACGUUACAUUUUCCUGCCAAUAAGCGGUGUUUUGAUCGUUAGAGGAGCAUAUAAGUUGAAUCUGAUCACCUCAGAACCGUUGUAUCAAUUCGUUCUUCUUCUUCAGUAUGCUGUGCCACCAGCUAUGAAUCUAGGUACAAUAACACAGUUAUUUGGAGCUGGAGAGAGUGAAUGCUCAGUGAUUCUGCUUUGGACUUACGCUUUGGCUUCGAUUUCACUCACUGUUUGGCCUACGUUCUUCAUGUGGUUUGUGGCUUAA